AUUCUCAAAAACCAAAAGAAAAGAGAAGAAAAAAUAUAAAUAUAUAUUUAAAUAAUAAUUUAUUCAUAUAUUUACAUAUUUAUAUAUAUAUAUACACACACCUUAAAACAACAACGUAAUUUAUAAGAGGUGCCAGACGAACAGUAUAUAGUAAACGAAGAAGAAUUCUUUCUGAGAAGUCUGUUUGAAGGGCUGCAGAAGAAAAAAAAUCACAAUCACAAACAUAAACACACACAGGAACUCAAAAAUGUUCUGCAAACAUUUGUCAUUUGUUGCCAUCACAAUCUGUUUCUUGUUGGUAUUGGCCAAAACAGAGAAUGAAAUUCAACAGAAGAACAUCAAAUUUGAUCAACGGACGUGGAGAAAUAUGAGAAGCAAUGGAUACCUUGCAUUGCCCCGUCAGGGGCGAUCUGAUAAUCAGCCUGAUUACACCUGCUGCGGUAUGCCUCUUACGAAAUAUGUCGGUAUCUGUCCCAUUGGAAUGGAAUGUUGCCCUGGUCUGAAAAAGGUUUUACAGAAAUCUGGACAAAGAACGAUCUACUCUGUUUGUGUUGCAGAUGCUUACUGAAAUCUUCAUCACACAAUCUUGAAAUGGAAGGAAGUUGAACGAAUCAAAUGGUGUGGAAGAAAUUCAAAAAAAGACACUACGCCAAAUACGGGUUUGAGAGUUGCCUAAACAAGAAGUCUACCCUACUUGGUCAUCACGACAAUUAGUUCUAAUUAUGUUCUUGUAAAGUUUAACGAUGAUUAAAAUAUAAUUAAAAACAAAA